AUGUCAAAACAUGAGACAGCAGACAACGAGACACCCCAAGGUGUCAAGAAAUAUACACUUUUAAAUAUAUGGGUUGUUUCAUUAACUCUAAAGCUUCUUUUGAUGGUAGGCUACCAUUCAACAGAUUUCGACGUUCACAGAAACUGGUUAGCGAUAACUCACAACCUACCACUUUCCAAGUGGUAUACUGAAAACACAUCGCAAUGGACUUUAGACUACCCUCCCUUUUUUGCAAUAUUUGAGUGGUUUUUAUCUCAAUUUGUGCCCUCUUUUGUGAAAGCAGAUGGAUGUUUGGACAUUGUAGAGAUUGGCCAAUAUGGUCUACCAACGAUUUAUUUUCAGCGAUUGACUGUUAUUUUGAGUGAAUUUGUUUUGUUUAUGGCAUUUCAAUGGAUAAUUGACACUUCUCCAACUUAUGCGGUAAAAAGAAGAAUGUAUGUUGCAACUGCAAGUCUUGCAUUGUCCCCAGGUUUAUUAUUGAUUGAUCAUAUACAUUUCCAAUACAACGGCAUGAUGUAUGGAAUUUUGUUAUUUUGCUUAAAUAGUGCAAGACUAAAGAGGUACCUUCUAUGCGGAUUCUGGUUUGCUGUUCUAUUAUGUUUCAAGCACAUUUACUUAUACUUGGCCCCGGCGGUAUUUGUCUUUUUGCUCCGUGCUUAUUGUUUGAACCCUCAUUGGGAUAAGAGAAAGAGUUACUUUGGCAAUAUGGUUGCUCUUGUGCAAUGGCAAAAUUUGUUCAAAUUAGGAUUUGUUGUUACCUCAGUUUUUACAAUUGCAUUUGCUCCAUUUUACUGUACUCUACCUGAGAUGGUGAGUCGUCUUUUUCCCUUUAGUCGAGGCUUAACUCACGCAUACUGGGCACCUAACAUGUGGGCAUUAUACUCCUUUUUCGAUAGAGUGUUCAUUCAAAUCUACAAGCGCAUUCCAGUAUCACGCUUUUUUCUACAAAAGAUUUUCCAGUUUGACACAACACUAUUAAGCAAUGAGAAAUUGUUACAGACGUCAACUAGAGGAAUAGUCGGUGAUAUCGAAUAUUUUAUACUACCAACAAUAACCCCCAAGCUCACAUUUUUAUUGACAUUAUUUUACCAAAUUAUGGCAUUGAUACCAUUGUUUUUCCAGCCAACUUAUAAACGGUUCGUAGGUGCAAUAACCCUAUGUGGAUAUGCAUCUUUUUUAUUUGGAUGGCACGUUCAUGAAAAGGCGAUUUUGUUAGUGAUUUUUCCAAUGACAUUGAUUGUAUCGGAAGAUAGAACUAUGCUUCCGGUAUACAAUUUACUUGUUAUUUGCGGUUAUGGGUCUUUAUUUCCUUUGAUUUUCACACCAAAUGAAUGGUUGGUGAAAGUAGUCUUUACUUUGUUGUGGUACAUUAUUUUUUACUUUAAUUUCAGAAAAAUAGCUAAAGUGCCAAAAUCAACGGCACGCGGUGUCCUAGUUGAUCGAAUGGUAAACGGCUAUAUUUUGAUUUUUAUUGCAGUUGUAAUAGUAACAACAAUAAUUGAUGUUUUAAAAAAUAGAUAUGCGGUUUUGAAAAAUUUUGAAUUUGCCAAUUUGAUGAUUUACAGUGUAUAUUGUGGAGUUGGUGUCGUCAGUAGUUGGAAUGCAUUCUCGUGGCUAUAUUUUGUGGACGAUACCAUUUGGAUAGAGGAUAAAGAGUAG